AUGGUACCUUUCAAGCUGACCAAGAAAGUGUCUUCUGAUACGGGUCCCUCUUUAAGUCAAAUACAAAUUGCGUCUAGAACUAUGCCUCUCAUGGAUAAUAGUACUCGAAUAGUCACACCAGCAUUACCCCCGAAUCAGCAAAGAAGUAUAUCAGGUGCGUCGACCACUUUACCUUCACCAAUAGAGCGCGAGAAUGCAAAGAAAUACGUAUGGAAUAGGAUCAAAUUGAAAGAUUCUCCAUUCCCCCGUUAUCGUCACUCUUCAUCACCUAUUGUUUCAAGCGAGAAUAGAAUUUUUGUGACUGGCGGACUUUAUAAUCAAUCAGUUUAUGGGGAUGUUUGGCAAAUAACCGCUAAUGCAGAUGGAACGAGCUUUACUCCCAAGGCAAUUCAGAUAGAUCGAAAUACCCCUCCUCCCAGGGUGGGACAUGCUUCUACCCUUUGUGGCAAUGCGUACGUAGUAUUUGGCGGCGAUACACACAAACUAAACGAGGAUAAAUUGUUGGAUGAUGAUAUUUAUCUUUUUAAUGUCAAUUCUUAUAAGUGGACUAUACCGCAGCCCAUUGGGUCAAGACCGCUAGGAAGAUAUGGCCAUAAAAUUUCUAUUAUUGCUUACAAUCCCAUGCAAACCAAAUUAUACCUUUUUGGUGGGCAACUAGAUAAGACUUAUUUCAACGAUCUGGCCAUGUUUGAUUUGUCGUCGUUCCGUAGGCGAAACUCUCAUUGGGAGUUUUUAGAGCCGGCUACCACCGUGCCUCCACCUUUAGCAAACCAUACAAUGGUAACGUAUGGUAACAAAUUAUGGGUCUUCGGUGGGGAAACUCCGAAAACAGUAAGCAAUGAAACAUACUGUUACGAUCCGAUACAAAACGACUGGUCUAAAAUUGAAACAACAGGGGAAAUACCUCCGCCAGUACAGGAACAUGCGAGUGUGGUAUAUAAACAUAUAAUGUGUGUUUUUGGCGGCAAAUAUACUCAUAAUGCAUAUUCCAAUGAUGUUUAUUUCUUAGACCUGCUGUCGUUCAAAUGGUAUAAACUUCCCCAUAUCAAGGAGGGCAUACCCCGAGAACGAUCCGGUCAUUCUUUAACGUUAAUGAAAAAUGAGAAGAUUCUUAUAAUGGGUGGUGAUAAAUUCGAUUAUGCUAACUCAGGUACUGAUAAUCUUCACACUUCAGCAACUGAUCAAGGUGAAGGAACUUUGUUAUAUACUCUAGAUUUAUCGCACUUAGAUGAGCUAUGUCCAGGGAUAAUGAGCAAAGCUUUGUUAAUAGAAAAUGAUUCUUCAGCUUUCUCUUCUGGGAAAUUUGCAAUCUCUAAUGCGGUUGAGGCGGAAAGCCAAGAGAUAAUAAAUAUUCUUACGCCGAGAUUACCCAAUACCAAAACUUUAGGUCCCAAUGAUAUUGAUGCACCCGCCAGAAGUGAAUUCGAUGCUUUGAAUGAUCACGCGCUUCCAAACCAACCUGAUAUAGAGCCGAGAACCCCCCAGCCUUUAAGAAUUGAUAUGGCCAUGAAUGGUAAAUUUGUAACAAUCAACAGAAGACCUGAAACUGAUACACAAUCUAUCAAAAAUUCUGCUCUGCAGAGCCCCGCAGCAAAUAUAAAAGGAUAUACCUCUGCUUUACUUGAGAACACAUCAAGUGACAGUGUAAUUCCAAAAGGUGUAUAUGACAAUCUAAAUUUGGAAAUGCAAACACUACAUCUCGAAGCACAACAAAAGGAACUUGAAACUGCUAGACAUAUCUCCGAACUAGAGAAAGAAGUCCAAAGACUGAUGGUGAUCAAAGAAUCCUCAAGGGAUUCCAGUUUUCAAAUGGCGAGACUGAAAAAUCUAGAAAUUCAAAAGACUUUUCUGAAAUCUAGAGUUAGUGAUUUAGAAAAAGUAUUAGACCUAAAAAUUUCUCAAGCAAAAGAAAUUCAUAACCAAGUAACGAUUCAGAAUACAAAACUGAGAACGUGCUUUGAGGAUAACGUUGUUAAGAGGGAAGUCAUUAAUUUUGAAAAUAGAUGUGAAGUUUUGAACCACCAAAAUGAAAAACUUGUUAAAAAAAUGCAAGAACAGAACUCCGAACUUCUCACAUCUUUAAAAGACUCAUCUUGUCAUUUAGAAGAAUUCUUAAUAUUACAGUCUAAUAGUGUUCAACCACAUCAGAAGGGGAGAAAGAAUGGAGUGGAAAAGGAUGAACCGCUGAAAAAGAUGGACAACAUUAUCAAUGAAAUGCACGAAAUCAAGCGUACAAAGAAGGGGAUGCAGUUUGAAACGCAAAAGCUAAAUGAUGAAAAGGCUGUUCUGCAAACCAAGUUACUGGCCAAUGACAAUAAACUGGAAGCGCUAAGAAAAAUGCUUGACAGAAGUUCAAAAUCUAUGAUCUUAACCAAGAAGGCCAUUGAUUUAUCACGAUCAGAGCUGAGGAAAUAUCGUGAAUGUACUGAUAAUUUACGGGAAGAAAUCAAUAGAAUCAAAAAUGAGCAACCCGCCAAACAAGAACAGCAAAGUGCUAUCAUUCACAGCAGUUCACAGACUCUGCGCAGAAUGAAAGUGAACAAUCUGAAAGCGGAACUGUAUAUUUCUAAAGGAAAGAGAGAUAUCAUUAAAGAAGAAUUGCUAACUCUGAAAAAAAGACUUUACACCCUCCAAGCACAACAAUCACAAUGA